AUGAGACGAUUCAGCAAGGUGGCGCUUGAAAUUCGAGACCUGAACCCUGCUGUAGCUCUGCACCACCUUACCAUCACCUUGAAACCAAGGCCUUUCACCAACAGCAUUUGUAAGAAACCCCCUACUGACAUGGAUGACUUGCGUCGGCGAGCCGACAAAUACAUGCAGAUGGAAGAAUUGGCUGAGUUCCGGAACCAAGCCCGAGCGGAGGUGUCGGCAAAACCUGACAAGCCGGCCGAGGCUAAUUUCUGGAGUCGUCCAAAAGAGCUGAUUCCUCGCGAGAAGCCUCCUCGCGGGCCGAGAUACUCACAAUAUAUGCCACUCAAUACAAGAAGAUCAGCCGUCCAAGAGCAAGCACUUGCCUCAGAGGUGCUAGCAGUCCCAAAACGAGCUUCGACCCCUCCCAGGGGUGAUACAACAAAGUCUUGCAGGUACCAUCGUAAUCGGGGGCAUUCCACAGAGGAAUGCGCAGCUUUGAAAGACAAAAUUGAAGACUUAAUCAAGCAGGGGAAACUGCAAGGCUACAUAGACUGUCCGACCUCAUCCCGACACGUCGACCAGUCUCGGCGGCAUGAUCAGCCCGAGCAGAGGAGAACGGGAACACACUCAUACAGGGAACGUAGUCGGUCGAGAGAUAGGCGAGAGGAAGAACCUUCGGCGCAACCUUGGCGAGUCAUCAACACCAUAGACGGUGGAUUCCCUGACGGGGGCUCAUCCUCAUCGGCCCAACGAAGACACCUGCGAGCCGUUCGGCAAGUGCACGCAGUGGAAACAGCUCGUCGCCGCCUUCCCACCAUCACUUUUGAGACGAAGAGGGUCAUCACUACGAUUGGGUUGUCAGUGAGUUUCCUGAGGUGUUUCCAGAUGAUGUGCCAAGAUUGUCACCUAUGCGUGAUGUUGUGUUUAGCAUUGAUUUGGUACUGGGUGCAAGACCGGUAUUAG